GGAGUUUCUGUGUCUCAUGUUCAGUUUGUUUGGUUCUUUGAUUAUUGUUCUUGUCACAGCUGUUGGAACAAUCUGGUUUCCCUGAGGGCCGACGACGUUCUCGUUCUGGUCUUUCAUUGCUUCAGCCAUGGCAACAAACCAUUGUGCUAACAGACCACCGCAGUCGUCACAACCUGGACUAAACCAAGGAACCCAAAACCCUCACCCCAACGCUGCAACCGGUGCCCCAAACCCCCAACCACAGGGGCCCCCACAUGGGUAUCCAGGAAUGUACUCGAGUCAGGACUAUCAGCCAGGACAGCCAUGCGCUCCUCAUCCUCAUUUCCCUCCCCACCCAUUCAUGUACAUGCCACCCGCACCUCAUCCUCCACCUAUGACUCCAUUCUCCCAGUGGCCCUCGCCUUAUUCAUACAACCCCUUCUCAGGAUUCCCUGGAAUGGGCUAUGGUAUGGUCAUGCCCCCAUUCCCCCCAAACCCUUACCUGGAAGCUCCACUCUACAUUCUUCCUCAACCUCACUUCCAACAGCUCAACUACCGGCGCUUGAUCCAUUCGCAGUUCCCUGGGGGCAGUGCACCCUACCAGAGCCAGAACCGCAGAUUGGUGUCCCAACCGAAUGCUGGUGUGAGGGAGACUGUAAGCUCUGAGGUCCAGACGGAACCGACCGCUGACGCAAGUCCCCGCGCUUGCUCAGAGUCUGGAAAUGGGACAGGCAGUACUACCCCUUCAGACUUUAUCAGUGGGAAGCAAAGUCAAGUUUUGGUGGAGCACUAUACCGCGGCUGUUGCCGUUGCUAAAGGUAACCAAAACCUUGCGAAGAAGGACUUGGGUAGGGGCACCGUCAAACGUGGCCAAGCGACACCUUUAUCAGCACCAAUAGGGAAAAGAAGCUGUGGUGUUCAGGAAAAGUCGUCUUGUAGGCUUGGCAGUGAUGGUGAAACGUGGUCGAUGUGCGCUGCGAAUGCUAUGAAUCCUGUAUGUAGCUCUUCAGACCGAGAGGACGAAGUCACCACCAAGGAACGGCGCGUCUCUUUUCCUGAUGUAUUGAUGACCUUGGUGGGUGGGACACCACCAGUGGCGACUCCUGAAGUCUCAGACGCACCACUGCCCGAGAGAGGGGAUCAGGAGGUUGGGCUUGCUAAGGAAAUAAGAUGCGACAGCCGGACAACGAAGAGCAAAAACUUGGAGGAUGAUAUUGUUUUAAGCCAUAAGGAAAGGGAGGACAUGGCAAAGAUAAUUGGAUCACCUUUCUACUUCAGGGAGGAUCACGCUACGACUCUCAAUACAUUGAAUGAUUCAGCAGUGCUGGUUGACUCUAUUGUGGCUGACAUCCACUCCAGAAAUGGCAUGUCACAGAAUACACCCAUAGAAUCAGCAGACCAAUCCCAGAAAGUUCCUGACAAUGAACUGGUGCUGGAUGAAUAUGAAGAGUCUGCUCUACAUGAAGAUGCAAUGCAGGAUCCAUUCUCGGGUCAUUUCCAGUUCAAAAGAAAAAUGGAUGAAUCAGUUUGGUCCGUGGAAUCUUUGGCUCCCUACGUUCCUUCUCAAGGCUGGAUGAUGCAGAAUGGACUUUUAGACCCUGAGGUGAUUAUUGAAGAGAUUUUGGAGGAUGUUCAAAAGCGUGCACCAACUACACAGAGUUGUAAUCCAACCGUUCAUCCAAGAGAUAGAAGUCUAAGUCGCAGGUUUUCAUUGUCUGCUAAUGCUUUCCCAGUGUAUAUUCCCCCAGACACUUGGUCAGCUGAACACCAUAAUUUGAUUCACUCCAAUGCAUAUCCCCCGACAACCCAACGGGAUGAGGACACCAGUGUUCCUGCUGAAACACUUGACCCCCAGACAUGUGGAACGGGAGUCCCAACUCCCUCUUCUAAAGAGGCGCAGCUUCAAAGAGAUCAAGGUAUUGAUCCUUCAAAUGCACAUGCUUCGCUUCUUGACGAGACCUCCCAAGCGGUUGAAGAGGGCGGGGACAUGGAUGAGUCUUCUGAGGCUGUUCGAAGCCCGACCCAGAAACCCUGUAGGGUAACUGAAAGGGCAGAGAAUAGUCCUUGCUCUUCCAAACAAGUAGAAGCCCCCCUCUCCAAUACCCGCACUGAAAACGAAAGUCCUUCCAGUCGCCAAAUCAGAGAACAGGAGCUAAAUGGGAGAGUGGAAACGAAUUCCGCUAAAAAUGAGCAACUAGCUGUCGAAAUCCCCAAAAACGCAGUUUCACCAGCAAAGUCGGACUGUGGUAGCCAGUGCUCAUUACUGCAACAUUUGACUUGUACAUGCAACUGUCAUCAAGAGGCUGAAACCAUCCAGGCCUCAUCUGAGACUGCAGAAAGAAAAUGGAAACAAACGAAAAAGAACAGACCCAACUGUCGACGUAAUCGUCAGAAGAAGUACCAGAAGGGGACUUGGAUGGGAGAUGGCAUGCCUUGAAAAUAGACUGGUGGAAAUGGAAGAUAACGAAGAUUCCGAGCAAAUGACAUUUCUUUCCUUUUUUUUAAACAUUCAAUUUAAUAAAUAUACUUUUUUAACUAUCA